AUGAUAAUCAAGGAUCCCGGGCGUGAAUGUUAUCUUCUAGGAAUCCAAUCCAGUACUUCGCUGUCCAGUACACUUUCCAAUGACAACCAAAGAGCCAAUCAACCUUUAAAAGGUUGUUUGGUGGUCACACCAACGAAAUCCAUAACAGAUACUACUAUUGUAUUUAAUGAUGACAAUAAUCCUUACUUCUUGACUGAUUUAAGCACUUUGUCUUUUAGCGGGAAUCAUGAGAGGUGUACUUCAUCGGCCAGUAAUAAACAUAAUGAAGAUAAAUCGGGAAUUAGGUAUCAUGGUGAAGUUGGAAAAGUGCCCAGCAUAUCUCCUAAAUCCAAGGCAACAACUACAGAAAGAAGGUCAACUCGUUAUCAUACUCGACGCUUUAGUACUGCUAUAAAAUUCCACUCGCCCGUCUAUUUCUCUGAUAAUCGCAAAUGA